AUGGGUUGCCUGCAGGUGAGCGCUGCGAUCUGCUCUUUCCUCAGCUUCAUACUGCUUCUCGCUUCCCUGGUCUCAGACUAUUGGGUGGAAUCUUCUAACCACACGGGCCUGUGGAAAGUCUGCAAAAGUACUUUGUGUCAAUCCUAUGGCAUCAAGGUGCUCGAUUACAUCCAUGCCACCCGAGCCUUCAUGCUGUUGGGGACGUUCGCUGGCGCCACCUCCUUCUUUGGGCUUUGCGCUUCGUUUUUUCAGCCCUCUGCUGGCUCCAUCUCGACAAUCAAGAUUGCAGCCAUAGCCAGCUUUGCUGCAGGUUUUUGUGCCUUGCUUGCCAUGUCCAUAUUCACAGGAGUGUAUGCCGAUCUCUACAUACCUGUGACACAUGCAUCAUUUGGAUGGUCCUUUGUUUUGGGCUGGGUCUCCGGCCCUCUGUUCCUUGCAACAGGUGGGCUUGCUUAUAAAGAACACACUGGGACAACACUCAAAGCCACAUCUGCUGCCGUGGUCUGA